GUAGGUGAAUGAGUUGAGCAGUGUGGCAGUAAAAAAAAUAGUGUUUUGUAACUCACUGUCUGUCGGAGAAACGGUUCCCCAUCUGCCAGCGCCCAUGGACGACGCCCAGGAACAACACAACCACAUUAGGAACAAGUAAUUUGACGGGUGAGCCUUUGUUCCCUAGCUUCAUCCUGGUGGAGCGAUCACCUAUGAUGGAACGGGCGAUGGAACAGCUCAACGUACAGCUCAACCGGCUGACCCGUUCCCUCCGCCGGGCCAGGACCGUGGAACUCCCAGAAGACAAUGAGACUGCAGUGUACACACUCAUGCCAAUGGUCAUGGCUGACCAGCACAGGUCAGUGUCAGAGUUGCUGCUCAACUCCAAGUUUGAUGUGAACUACGCCUUUGGACGGGUGAAGAGAAGUUUGUUGCACAUUGCUGCCAACUGUGGAUCAGUGGAGUGUCUCGUUCUGCUACUAAAGAGGGGAGCCAACCCAAACUACCAGGACAUCUCAGGCUGUACCCCUCUGCACCUUGCUGCUAGGAAUGGACAGAAGAAGUGCAUGGGCAAACUAUUGGAAUAUAAUGCUGAUGUCAACAUCUGCAACAAUGAGGGACUGACUGCUAUCCACUGGCUGGCAGUGAACGGGCGGACGGAGCUCCUCCAUGAUCUGGUCCAGCAUGUUUCCAAUGUGGAUGUGGAGGAUGCCAUGGGACAGACAGCUCUACAUGUAGCCUGUCAGAAUGGACACAAAACUACGGUGUUGUGUCUUCUGGACAGCGGAGCUGACAUCAACCGGCCAAACGUCUCUGGAGCCACGCCUCUUUACUUUGCUUGCAGCCAUGGCCAAAGAGACACGGCACAGAUCCUGCUCUCUCGAGGUGCCAAAUACCUUGCUGACAAGAAUGGAAUCACUCCUCUGGAUCUCUGUGUGCAGGGUGGAUAUGGAGAGACCUGUGAAAUUCUCAUCCAGCACCACAGCCGACUGUUCCAGACCCUGAUCCAGAUGACACAGAAUGAUGAGAUUAAGGAAAACAUGCUCAGGCAGGUUUUGGAGCAUGUCUCUCAGCAGAGUGACAGUCAUUACCAGAGGAUCUUGACCAGUCUUGCUGAAGUGGCUACCACCAAUGGGCACAAGCUUCUCAGCCUGUCCAGCAGUUAUGAAGCUCAAAUGAAGAGUCUGCUGAGAAUUGUUCGUAUUUUCUGUCAUGUUUUCCGCCUUGGGCCUUCAACACCGAACAAUGGCAACGACAUGGGCUACAAUGGGAACAAGACGCCUCGCAGCCAGGUCUUUAAGCCAUUGGAGUUGCUAUGGCACUCUCUGGAUGAGUGGCUCGUGCUUAUCUCCACAGAGCUGGACAGGAACAGGAAGAACCCCUCUUCCUCCUCCUCCAGCAGCGAGAUAGCCUCUCUGCUUCUCAAACAACGGGAGGUUGACCAUUCUGGCUCCACACCAAAGCUUCCCUCCUUGCUGGACCCUCAGAUCGUCAUGGAAACGGAAGUGUACGCCGACGGGGAAGACGUCAUCUCCAUGACAGCCAAUCGGCUCAGUGCUGUGAUCCAGGCCUUCUAUAUGUGCUGCUCCUGUCAGAUGCCACAAGGAAUGACAUCCCCUCGCUUCAUUGAGUUUGUCUGCAACCACGACAAUGUGCUCAAGUGUUUUGUAACCAGGAAUCCAAAGAUCAUCUUUAACCACUUCCACUUCCUCCUGGAGUGUCCUGAGUUAAUGUCUCGCUUCAUGCAUAUUAUUAAGGGCCAGCCCUUUAAGGAUCGCUGUGAGUGGUUCUAUGAGCAUCUGCUGGCUGGCCAGCCAGACUCAGACAUGGUUCAUCGUCCAGUCAACGAGAACGACAUCCUCCUCAUCCACAGAGACUCCAUAUUCAGGAGUAGCUGUGAGAUGGUGUCCAAGUCCACCAACGAGAAACUCAAACAGGGUAUUGCUGUUCGCUUCCAUGGCGAGGAGGGGAUGGGUCAGGGUGUGGUUCGGGAGUGGUUUGAUAUCCUGUCCAAUGAGAUCAUCAACCCAGACUAUGCUCUGUUCACUCAGUCAGCUGAUGGUACCACUUUUCAGCCCAACAGUAACUCCUCAGUGAAUCCGGACCAUCUGAACUACUUCCGGUUUGCAGGUCAGAUCCUGGGUUUGGCUCUGUACCACCGACAGCUGGUGAACAUCUACUUUACCCGAUCCUUCUACAAACACAUACUGGGUAUCCCAGUGAACUACCAGGAUGUGUCAUCCAUCGAUCCAGAGUAUGCUAAGAACCUCCAGUGGAUCCUGGACAACGACAUCAGUGAUCUGGGUCUGGAGCUCACCUUCUCUGUAGAGACAGAUGUGUUUGGGGCGAUGGAGGAAGUACCACUCAAACCCGGAGGGACCAGCAUCCUGGUCACCCAGGGCAACAAGGCCGAGUACGUACAGCUGGUAACGGAGCUGAGGAUGACACGAGCCAUCCAGCCUCAGAUAAACGCCUUCCUACAAGGAUUCCACACUUUCAUCCCCCCCUCACUCAUCCAGCUUUUCGAUGAGUAUGAAUUGGAGCUCCUGCUGUCAGGGAUGCCAGAGAUCGAUGUGCAGGAUUGGUGCAGGAACACUGAGUACACCAGUGGCUAUGACCCUCAGGAGCCAGUCAUCCAGUGGUUCUGGGAGGUGGUGAAGAGCCUGACCCAGGAGGAACGGGUUCUUUUGCUUCAGUUUGUCACAGGAAGUUCCAGGGUUCCUCAUGGUGGCUUUGCUUACCUGAUGGGUGGCAGCGGUUUACAAAAGUUCACUGUCGCUGCAGUGCCAUACACCUCCAACCUACUGCCUACCUCUAGUACCUGUAUCAACAUGCUGAAACUACCUGAAUACCCAAGUCAGGAGAUCCUGAGAGACCGGCUGCUGGUAGCUUUACAUUGUGGGAGCUACGGGUACACCAUGGCAUAAAAUAUAAUCCUGCUACUGUGAGGGUCUGCAGACUCAUGGAACACUCCCUCCUCCACAGACAAUUUUGUAGUCAGGCACUGCUUCAGACAAAAAGGAAAUCCAGAUUCUUAUUAAUGACCUGCUAUAGUGGCAGAACAGACUUAACUGAGGUUCUGGGUCUCCACUCUGUGUUAGAACUUCUAUUUUUUUUUUAUUGAAGCUGGUGUCUGGUAAUUUAUGCAAAUCAUUAAAUUUGACUAUUUUCAUGCAUACAUUUUUUUAAGCAAAAAAAAAAAACAACCCAAAAAACCCUCUAAUUUAAAACACACGGGAUAAUAAUCACAAUAAAAACAUUCAUGCAAGCUUACUGAAUGUCAAAUAUUUAUUCUGUUUAAGCAGAUAUCUAAUCAAUCAAAGUGCAUCAUAUUCUUAUCACACGUUUCACGGUGCAGAUUUCUUUAAAGGGCCCACAUCAGGCCGACGUACCAGCACAAUGGUAAAAUCGAACAAUUUAGUUUUUGCCUCAAUUUUAGGUUUGAAAUUUUCAUUUUCAUUUUAACAGCCAAAUUUAACAGUACUU